CCAAAAAUUAAUUGUAUUUUAGUUUUUGUAUAACAGAAAAUCGUAUGCAAAAAUUUGUAAAAGAAGAGGGAACAAGCAAACAUUCCUUGCCAUUAAAAAAAGUUCUAUUUAAAAAAAGAUAGUACAGCUAUGAAUCAGACACCUGAAAGAAGAAAGUUAAAAAUUAAAGAAUCUUUAACACCUACUGGUACCUGGAAAGAUCGAUUCAGGGAGGGGUGUUUAAAGAGGCUUAAGAGCAGUAGAGAUGAAAUGGUUAACAAUUUCAGAAAUGCGCUGCCAGGAUCUCCCUCAUCAUCCCAAGAAUUAGUUCAUCAAGUUAUGAUUCAUGAAUGGGAGCAAAUGACACUUGAAAGUCCGCAUUUGUCGAGAAUUUCACAGAAUUUUUCUUCUAUGAAAGAUGAGCAAUUAAAAUUUGAUGAAACAUAUGAAGACAUAGAAGAUAUUUUGAAUGUCUUUGAAACUAUUCAACAAGAAUUAUUUAAAGAAGAACAGUUAAUGUUAUUAAAGUAUGAAGAUUCUGUAUCUUUUAACGAGCGCUAUCUUUGUGCCACUAUUGACUUGUUUACUACCGAUAAUGUGAUGUGUCCAAUUUGUAAAAAAAACAAUCUAAUUCAAAGAAACAACGCUUUCAUAUGCGCGUGUGGGUUGUUUAUUGACAAUCAAACUCGUGAUCUUAACUUUCUUCACAAACAGUUAAAUAUGGCUGUUGCUGCUCACAAUAACCAAUGCAGUUCAGAGCCUGUUUUUUCGUUGGUGGAUUUCAGUGGAAUGAAUGUAAAAAAUCUUGUAAUGAUUUGCCAGAUUUGUGACGUUAUGGAAAUAAUCUUAUGAAUUUUAAAGACGCUUCGUUUUUUGGUCGUUAAUUCUGUCUGGCAUGAUAUGCGUGAAUAUGUAUAGACCUGCAACUUUAUGUUUAUAGUGUAUUUAUAUGUUUUUUACAGUUAAGUAAUAUUUUUAAUAUAAUAAUAUUUUACUCUAAUA